UCCUCUCCACACGGGACAGCUUUCUCUUUCACAAUAACGAGCAGUGCGCUUUCGCGGGACGACGUUUGAACUUUUUUUUCCAGAGUGAACAGCGGGGGAACCCACCUCCUCCUCCUCCUCCUCACUCUCUCCCUCUUCCCCUCACUCACUCACUCCCUCACUUUCUAAAAGUUUUCUCCGUCAGCCUCGCGCGCGUGUAAGUAAAUGCGAGGCGAAAGUCACGCGGCGAGUGCCGCUGCCCCGUUCUGAGGCGGCUGGAAGAUGACCGAGCUCCGCGCCGAGCUUCACGCGGCAGCAGCAGCGGCGGCGGCGGCGGCGAGCACAACAACGGCGAGGAAGCAGCGGCUGAUGGGCGCGGAGGAGCGCGCGGCGCCACUCGUGCACUGCUUCGUGUGCGGCAGCGGCGUGACGCCGGGCAAAGAGCUGCGGCUGCCGGUGCGCGCUCGAGGCCGGGAGGGUGGCCCGUGCUUCCCUUUCCUGCAGGGCCAGGAGCCCGCGCCCGGCGCGCGGGACUUGGGGCAGGACGGGCACGCGCUUGUGUGCGCCGUGUGCCACUGCUUCCUACGCGAGCAGUGGAACGCGUUCGAGCGCAGCCGCACGCCACUUGACAAGCGCGUGUACUGGCUCAAGAGGCCACACCAGUGCGACUCGCGGCGGCUCGCGCGGGACUGGGGCGGUGCGCGCGACCCGGAGUCGAGAGGAGGAGGCGGCGGCGACGGAUCCGAGUCAUCGUCGCUGUCCGACAGCGAGAACGAGCAGGAGCUGGAGGACGGCGGAGGAAGCGGGAGCAGUAAAGCGCACGCGUCCGUGGACGGAGUUGGAAAACACGGCGCGAGGAACGGAGCCGGAGGAGCAGCCGGCACGCGGCGCACCGCGACCCGCUACGACGUGGGUAUGUACGGAGCUCGCGAGGCGCCUGGAGCCGAGAGGCGCGCGUCAGACGUCAUGAAUCACGUGGCCCAAUCGCCACUGUACCCGGCGCGAGCUUACAGCGAGACGCCCGCGCGGCACCACGAUGGGAUCGUGGCGCGCAACAGCAAGCAGCUUCUCUUUGACACGGGCGUUGAUGACGUAGCCGCGGCGGCUGCCGUGGCAUCAGCUGGAGCAGACGCUGCCGUCAUCAGCGCAGCUGACGGCACCGAGAUCAAUAUGGCGAGCGAGGAGGAGGAAAGGGGGCGGGUCCACAGAUGUGCGUGUUAUGUGUGUGGCAGGAGGCUUCCACCAGGUGCCCGCUUUGAGGUGAGCGUGCAGAAGCAGGAGCGAGCCACCUCUGAGCCUUUCUUUCCCUUCCUGUGGCUCCACACCCCUCCACCUGGUGCAGUGCCUCUCAGCCCUGGUGGGCGUACGUUAGUCUGCGCCAGCUGCCACUCCUCGCUCCUGCAACAGUGGCGGGCUUUUGAGCUGGCUGAUGUGCCUGUCCUUCAGCGGCUCUACGUGGUGCCUCUGGAUGCUGGCACUGCUGACCCCCUCUCGCCUCCACUGGGCCCUGUGGAUGGAGCUGGGUCAGAGCGAGUACAUGGAGUGCCCAAGGUCCGCCCCCUGGCUCACUCUCUUGUUUCUAGGACUCCUCCAAGGCCAGCCAGAGAGGCCUGCUACCUGUGUGGGCAGGACUGUGGGCGUGACAUCCGGGUGGCUUACGCCCGUGCUGGAGUGGGCAAAGCUCGUGGCACCAUGUACUUUCCCUUUAUUAACCUGCUCCCAUGCCCACCGGAUGCCCAGGGUAUUCGUGAUGGCCAGGUGCACUGCUGCACAACUUGCUACUCCAUACUGGAGGACAUCUGGGCAGCAUACCGCCUGUGCCUCAGUGAGGAACUCAUCACUUCUGUUAGCACCUUCCUUGGGAGAUACCACCAGGCCACCAGUGGAAGAGGUGUCUUGGCCAGCCCCGGGGCCGUUUCUACCUCUGUACGAGUUACCACAUCGACAAGCCACACCUCUGUCUGCUACCUGUGUGGGGUAGAGCUUUCCCCAGGUACGGAGUACCAACUUCGGGUCAAUCCUCCAGGACGAUGUGCGGAGAGAGAACCUUUCUUCCCCUUCUUGACGGUGCACCCGCCAGCCCCUCGUGCCCGUCCUGCUGAUGCCACUGGCCUCGUUUCGGCCUGUGCCCUCUGCUACCAUGACCUACUGGGACAGUGGGCCCAGCAUGAGGGCUCAGGAACAGGACAGGGCCCAUCUAGUAGCCCUUGGUCACGGCAGUACAGCUGUGACUCAUUCAUCUGCUUCUUCUGCCGGCGGGAGAAGAGGAGGCCGCUUGGCCUGAGGGCGGUCACUGUGUCCCGGUUGCCCGUCUUCCUGUAUGCCCCGAGGGUCGGCCACAUGCUGGUAGUGGAUGAUGGUAAGCAGCUGACCAUCGGCUCCUGUGCAGACUGUAAGGCCAUGGUGCUGGCUGGCCAGAACAUGAAGCAAGAUGCUGGUGGAGUGGACCAAGGAGGAGCGGCAGCAGGAAAACAGAUGAGUUCCAGUGUGGAGGUACUGGCUGGGAGCAGAAAGGAGGAGGAGGCUGGACAACCAAACAGAACAGCAAGGGAGGUUUCCAGGCAUGACCACACCCAGUCUGUUGAAGCUGGGGUCACCUCCACUUCUUCUUACCCCUGCACUGAGCAGAGAAAUCAGUCACCAUCCAGCAUGAGCCAUGAGCCAAAGUCACCAUCGCUAGGCAUGAUCUCCACGGCGACUCGCACCACGGCGACGGUUAGUCCCCUCACGCCAUCGCCCCUCAACGGCUCUAUUGUGCCCAAUGGCAGCCCUGCAGCCCAGUCUACACACUCCGGAUUUGCCGCUGCCCUCCGUAAGCUGGCCAAACAGGCCGAGGAGCCUCGAGCAGGUUCCUCUAUCAGCAGUGAGUCAUCUCCAGUCUCAUCUCCAGCCACUAACCACAGUUCUCCAGUGAGCACUCCCAAGAGGGGGCCCCUGGGUCCGGUGAUCGUGCCUCCUGGAGGCCACAGUGUGUCAAGCACCCCACCUGUGGUCACUAUCGCCCCCACUAAAACUGUCAACGGCCUGUGGAGAAGUGAGAGCCGUCCUGUACGAGAGUCAGAGUCGGGCCCUCGUGGGGUCAGCAGGGACCGGCUAGGGCCCGAGGCAGUUCCGGCUCAGGAAAAAGGAGGGCCCUCAGUUCCAGCCCACUUGAUAGGAAACCCGUAUGCAUUUGGACUGCCCCCAGGAUCCGUGAUGCAGGAUUCACGCUUUCAGCCUCUAAAUUUGCCCAGACAGGUGCCUCAUGCAAUGCCCCCUGCUGGUGUGCCAGAAGAAUACCUGCGGGGUUUCCGGCCCUAUGCCACAGCAGAGGAGAUGCGUAUGCCCUCCCUGCCGUUGGGCCUUGACCCAGCUACUGCUGCAGCUGCCGCCGCAUACUACCACCCUGGUUAUCUGCCCCAUCCUUCAUUCUCCCACUACAGGAUGGAUGACCCCUUCUGUCUUUCAGCUCUGAGGUCUCAGUUUUACCCCUUGCCUGCUGGGGGUGCUCUGCCCCCACUGCAUCCCUCUGCUGUGCAUAUGCACCUACCAGGCGUUCGUUACCCUGGCGACCUUAGCCAUGCCUCACUAUCCAGUCUGCAACCGGAACGCCUGUCUGAGAGACUCCAGAUGGAGGAUGAGCUUCGUCAGAGAGAAAGGGAACGAGAGAGAGAACGGGAACGAGAAAAGGAACGAGAGCGGGAGGCUGAACGAGAGAAAGAGCGAGAGAGGGAGAGGGAAAGAGAAAGAGAGAGAGAAAAGGAACUAGAGCGUGAGCGGGAGAGGGAAAGAGAGAGGGAGAGGGAGAGAGAGAAAGAGAGAGAACGGGAGAGGGAGAGGGAGCUAGAGAGACAGAAGGAGCGGGCAGCACGUGAAAAGGAGCUCCAGGUCAAGGCCAUGGAGGGGCACUACCUUGCUGAGCUGCAUGCUCUCAGGGGCCAGGCUGAGGACAGAGUAAAGGCUGUAGAGAGACUCACUCCCAAUAGACCAGAUAAAACCAAAGAGCCUACCCUCGCUGCUCCUAAACCAAUCCAGCCAGGCCUCCACCCUUCGCUAAGCUCCGCUCACCAUCCUGUGCCCACACUGGUCUCUGCCCAUGGCAUGUACCUUGGUCCUGGAGGGGCAGGUGCUUUAACAUCUGCCAUGGCACUUCAGCGCACCAAUGAGGAGGAGCGGUGGCUAGCCAGACAGAGGAAGCUACGGCAAGAAAAGGAGGAUAGACAGUACCAGGUGUCUGAGUUCCGCCAGCAGGUUCUAGAGCAGCAUCUAGACAUCAGCAGGCCAGGCGAAGCAGCAGAGCUACGAACAGAUGGGCACAGACCCAUUCCAAAUCAUCAUGAGCCCAGUAGCAGAGAGCGAGAUCGAGACAUCCACUCCCAUCUUGGAGCUCCGCCCCCUCUCAUCUCUCCCAAGCCCCAGCACAGAGACCAUGUCCCUCCUCCGCCGACCACACUUUGGAACCCCGCCUCACUUAUUGAGACCUCCUCUGAGUCACGGCGCCCCCCGCAUGACCCUCCAGGUCUGGGCCACUAUGACAUCAGCCGGCUCCCACCACCUCCAGGCAAACCUGAUCGUCACUAUGGCUCAGAGAAGGUUGACGAUGGGCCACGUAGGAAGGACCUGCUGGAUAAAUACCCACCCAUUCGGCCCACAGGCUUUUCAGAGCCCAGCACCUUUCUGGCUGAGCUGGAGAAAUCCACACAAACCUUCUUAAACCAGCAGAGGGCAACCCUGAGUCUGAGCAGCCAGUACGGAGACCUGAGUGGUGGUCUGAAAAGCAGCGGGGCCCACAAGGGCCUCCAGAUACCACUGCCCCCAGGACCUGAGUCCAUGCUGGUGUACGAUGAGUUCCUGCAGCAGCACAGAAGGCCAGUCAGCAAACUGGACCUGGAGGAGAGGAGGAGGAGAGAGGCCAGGGAGAAAGGUUAUUACUACGAGCUGGAUGAUUCGUAUGAUGAGAGUGAUGAAGAGGAGGUGAGAGCUCAUCUGAGGAGAGUGUCCGAGCAGCCGCCGCUUAAACUGGACGACUCCACUGAGAAAGUUGAAUUUCUACGGAUAUUUGGUCUGACCACUGUGUCACGACGGGAUGAGCUGCUGGAGCAGAAGAGGAGGAAGAGGAGAAGAAUGCUGAGGGAGAGAAGCUCCUCCCCUCCAGUUGUGGCCAUCAAGCGUCCCGCGCUGCCCCCCCUCAGCACCCGCUUCACACCCGAGGAAAUGGACAACAGUCCAGAGCUGGAGGAUAAGAAACGCUUCCUCACCAUGUUCAGCCUCAACCACCUCACCACGCAGCAGAGGAGAGAGAAUGAAAGAAUGGUGGAGUUACUGCAAGCCAUUAAGCAGAAGAGCGUGACUCUAGACACUAUCAGACAUAACCCCUACCCACUGUGCAAGAGCCCCUCUGCCCAUCAUUCAGAUCCAUCCUCAUCUUUAUCUCCUGGCCAAUCCAAUGACCCAGUCAGUGCAAGACCCCCUAGCCCCCCAGCUCCAGCUGCUGGACCUCCACUCCCCACUGAACUCUCUGCUUCCCCUGACCAUCUCAGGCCACUGCCUGAACCACUCAGAGCUAAGGAGCCUCCCGUGCCCAUCUCAUAUUCAGAUAAAGGCAGAGGCAAUGAUGCACUCCCUGUCAAGAAGCCCACCAGCCUGCUAAACAGUAUGCGACCGCCCCUGCACCCUAAAGAUGGCUCAAGUAGUCUCAAUGGCAGGACCAAACCAUGGGAGAGCUUCACUGCAGAGGAGUUUGCUCAGCAGUUCCACGAGUCAGUACUGCAGUCCACUCAGAAAGCCCUGCAGAAGCACAAAGGUGGUGCUUCAUCCAUCUCCGAGCCCAACCACACAGUGGACUCCUCAGUGCACUACAACAUUCCAGAGUUGCAGAGUGGCCCAGGCCGUACCACGCACCCUCAAAUACACGCUCCACACCAGCCCAAUGGCCAGCACUGCCCGUCCGGAACCUGCCGUGAUGGGGGACCGCUGCCCACACGGCCUGAGCUCUCUGCUGAGGAGGACUCAGAAGAAGAAGAGGAGGAGGAGGAGGAAGAAGCUCCAGGACCGAGGUGGCAAGGGAUUGAAGCUAUAUUUGAAGCUUAUCAGGAAUAUGCUGAGGAACAAAGUAUUGAGCGUGAGGUACUGCACACUCAGUGCAGGAGGCUGGAGGCCCAACACUACAACCUCAGCCUGACUGCUGAUCAGCUCUCUCACUCUAUGGGGGAGCUGAUGGCUCAGAAGCAGAAGCUAGCGGCCGAAAGGGAGAAGCUACAGGCCGAACUGGAGCACUUCAGAAAGUGCCUGACCCUACCACAAACUCCCUGGUCCAGGGCUCACUUCAAGGGCUAUCCUCCCAGGUGACAUCUCCACUGCACCAACGAACCCUCCCCAGCCCCGCUUUACCCUCAAAAACCCAGACUUCAACCCAUCCCCUUUUGGUCCUCCAGUGUGAAGGGAGAGUCUCCUGGUUGCCCUGCACAGAGAGAGGUGGAGAGAUGUUGCACCGUGGGCACACUGAGAAGGACUGAUGCUAAAAGGCCAAGCCCAAAAACGUGCCAUGAGCGUAGGACCGGUGCCACCCACCAACACCCCCUCCAGCUUGGACCUUUUCAGCACCAUCGGUAUGCUUUUUGACAGUCCUCUGUUCAAAACAUACAUACAGACUGAGGUACAGAGCAUUGGUCCAAAGCCCACCACAGCUUCACAGAAUUAAAGCAAGCUUCCUGCUUUGAGCAAACUGAAUGGUCCAAACGCGAGUGACCUAAAAUCCCAACUCCCAUAUCUAUUAAACAUAAUAUGAGCAUGUGGCAGCCACCAAUUCUAUCACCAUCUCACCUGGAGAUCCAAGGAGCUUUCAACUGGAAAUGCACUUAAAAAGACAAAGAACCCAGAAGAACUACCUGGAGGUACUGUGUUAUAACAAGGAACUCCUUUCAAGUUAGGAAAGAACUUAAUAAUGAAAAAAAUGCACAUUUUGUGAAAAAAAUAAAGGAAAAAUGUUUUAUUCAAGAUAGAUGAUUGAGAAUAAAGUUUUUAAAGAGGUGCU